CUUUCUCUCUACACCAAAAACAUCAACGAAAGAAGAAGAAGGCAUUAACUUAGCUCAGCAACACUCACUAUGGCUUUGAAGACGGCUUCGACGAACGGGAUGUGGAUGUUGGAGGACUGCAAGAGAUCAUUCAUGGAGAUGAAGUGGAAGAAAGUGCACCGAUACAUCGUUUUCAAGAUCGAGGAGAAAUCCAAGAAAGUCGCCGUGGACAAGGUCGGUGCUGCCGGUGAGACCUAUCAUGAUCUCGCCGCUUCCUUACCGGAGGACGACUGUCGCUACGCGGUGUUUGAUUUCGACUACGUCACCGUCGAUAACUGCCGCAUGAGCAAGCUCUUCUUCAUCACCUGGUCCCCGGAGGCGUCGAGGAUAAGGGAGAAGAUGAUGUACGCGACGUCAAAGAGCGGACUGAGGAGAGUGUUGGAAGGCAUUCACUAUGAGCUUCAAGCCACCGACCCAACCGAGAUGGGAUUCGACAAAAUCCAGGACCGGACCAAAUAAAAUAUUUACAUUCCGUUUAACCGGGGUUACAUCGUUAGUGACGUGAUCAUUAACAGACGUUAAUUAUCUAUUAAUGUUAGUUAUUGUUCUUUAGUGCUUGACUUGGUAUGUGAGACUUUCCUUUCUUUCCUUUUGUUGACAAGAGUUAUCAUCUAUUACUGUUUCUGUUGUUGUUUGGUAGGCUAAAUGUCGAAUGUUAUUAAUGUCUCUGUUGUCGCUAAUGCUAAUAAAUUA